GUGAUGAAGUUCAGAUGCGCGCUGCUCCGUUUGCGCGCACACAGGAGCUCCGCGACGUUACGGGUGGAUAUAAAGAUGUGACUCCCACCACUAUGGGAAUCUUUUGCGAAGACCAAAGACAUCUCCGUGUGGUGCGGUCUUGAUUUCGGACUAUAUACACUCAUUUGUAGCGGGAACACAAAGCCAGCUGCGGUGUGUUUGCACAUCCACAGCGGUAUUCGCGUCCGCCCCCCACUUUCACAGCUUCUCCAGCCCGAGGAAAGGAGAAGCUCCUCUCGCGCUCAGCAGCUUUGGAACAGUUUUCCCGGACGUAGCGGUGUGCGUUUUUAUAUUCGGACUCGGGAAAUGUCGGCAUGGCCGCCUCGGGAGCACAUAAGUGUCCGAAAAGUGAGAAGUUGGACGAGGCACAAGCUUUGGCCAAAAGCUGCGCGGGGAGACCAGACUUCCUGCCUUGCGAUGGACUCUCCAUUUGCGCCACACACAGCCACGGGAAGUGCUUCAAGCUGCACUGGUGCUGCCACUUGGGCUGGUGUCACUGUAAAUAUGUGUACCAGCCCAUGACGAAUGUGUGUCACCUGCCCAGCACAGCAGUGCCCCCUGAAGGAUCGGAGUACAGUGACACCAUUGACCUGUCCUCAUCUCUGGCUGAGCGUUUCCUAAAGCUGGCCCCGAGCUUCCAGUCUCCUCCUCCCCUCGAGUCACCCAAGUACUGCGUCAUCGCCGACCUGUUUGUGGAUGACUACAUCGUCAAACGCAUCAACGGAAAAAUGUGCUACGUGCAGCGCCCUCCACCUCCGAUGCCUGAACCUCCCAAUCCUCCAACCCCUCCCCCACCUGUCCCAUCUGCCCCAGCUACCCCUCAGGUGCCCCAGAACCCCCCUGCACCCCAGCCCAAAGCCCCCAAACAGAACACAGCCUCCCCCAAAGCCAAGCCACCUCCAACAGCUGUCCAAACGCAACACAAGACCGCCUCACCUGUGGACAAGGUAAAAGGACCCAAAAUGGAGCACUGUUCUUCUCCAUCCAGCUCGGAGGACUCAGGCAUCAACGCUCUGGGGCUGCACUUCCUCGAGUCGUGUGAGGACAGCGAGGAGGAUGAUGGACUCAGCACAGACGGAAACUCCAGCCCGGGCAGUCUCUGGGACCAGGACGAGUGCUCUCUGCUGUCCCCAUCCAAGUCUAUGAUAGAGAUCAUCGAGAAGAUAGAGACUACGGUGUAACUGGCUCAGAGGGUGGACGCCAUCUCACAGGGACGAGAUCUGUGGAUGAGAAUAUUAUAGAGAGAACGAUCAAGCAUUUGCAACUUAAAGACAGUUUCAGGCCACAUUAUUAGAUAUACAUUUUCUAGUGUUUUAAGUUUAUUUUUUAUCUAGUAUGUAAUAUAGUAUGCUACCUGCUCAAAGUUAAUAAGGGGAAGGUUAUUCAAGUAAAGGGAUUUGAUCCAGUUUUUCUAUCCCGAUACUUUUGCAUUAAGUAUCUACCGAUUCCUGAUAUCAACCAAUUACCAGAGCUGAGACUGAAAAUAUCAUUUAUUUUCUUUAAACACAAACAGCGUAUGGUAAAAAAAAAAAAAAAAAUCCAUAUGUAUUUUUAACAGAUAUAUCAGCUUUGUAAAAAUAUACCUUUAAAAUUAUGAGCCUUUCCAAUUUUCUUGUUUCCAUCCAAAUAAUAUGAUUUAAAAUGACAACAAAAUUAACCAUGACUUUAUUUCACUGCACACCCACAGUAAAUGGGUCAAGUCACAGUUUGAGCAGCGCCCUCUUCGCAUUUAAGCAUUUAAAUGAAGCUAAAGGCCUCUCCUUUAGUCAGUUUAGUGGUUACCUGAGUAAACAUAUCAGCAUGAUGAAGAUUCAUGGCCGAUAGCUGAUACGCUAAAGAGUGCAAAUAUCUAUCUACGUCUAUCUCUAAUACUGAUCUUAAGAAAAUGUAUCUAAUAAUGUGGCCAGUGAACACAGAAAUUGUUUUGGUGUGCAGCUGGGUUUUAUACAAUGGAACUGACCAAGGACUGUCCUAUCUCUCACUCAGCUUGUCCACGCAUGAAGACAAUUUCCAACUUCGAGAAAGCACAAACCCCUCAAGCACAUGCACAGUGGACCAAACACAUCUCCUGCACUGGGACAUGGUUAAAAGAGCUCAACCCGAUUUAGCCUAGCCUCACUCCCAUCUGAAGAUUUUUGAAGAGGUCUAUUUAAGUACAUGUGACUGUAUGAAUAAUGUAUGAUUGCAGCGAUAGACUGGGUUUCUUAAAGGUGCAUUGUGUAACUUUUCUGGUGGAGGGUCUGUCGAAGGCUUUCUCUGUGGAAAUGUUAUUGCUUUGUCUGGAAUGUUUCACAGUGUGGUAUGAAGCAACCCCACCGAGUCAGAAUGUCUGUUUUACUAAAUUACAAGUGGGUUUAUAACUCAAAAAUAUCAAGAAAAUGUGGUGUAGAGAGCAAGGGUGUAGGUUUGGUCUCAGCCUUGGUGGACACAUUAUCAACUAACCCCCCAUAAAACCAGCUGAUAGAUUACUUGAUUAACAGAUUAAUAAGAAAGGGUAAAAGUUGCUUAUAUGUUUUAUGAAUUCUUUCCAAAAACACAGAGUCUGGGCAAGUCCAGUAUAAGUGAGACGUGGUUUCAUUUUUCAGUUUGCAAAAUGUACAGUUUGUGUCCAUUGACCUUCUUUACCUGAUAACAAUGAGGUAGAAGUUUGUAGCAGAUUUCUCUUUGCUUGUUGGUGAUGAGAUAUUUAUGAGGCAAUGUCCGUACAUUUUUCCAUGGAAUAUUGUCAAUAGAGUCGGGCUGCUGACAGCGCACGAGUAGGGCUCUGUUUAGGAGGUGCAUUUGUGGUGAUAGUCGCUCUUUUUCCACGGUGACUCAUCAUAAGGCAAGUUUAAUUGAAGAUGAAGUCAAGUAAGUUCCUUUUGAAAAGUUUUUCAAAGUUUGGUGCGCAGCGUCGUCACUCACGCUUGCUCAAGUCGCCAUCUUCAGGUGCUGGUCCUGUCCUGCCGCUUCCCCAGUUCAGGCUCCUGGCUCCAAUAAUGAUAUCACUCUGUUACAGCCAAUGAAAUAGCGGCAUGAGUAACCCUGUCAUCAUAUCACUGAAUAUAUCUCAGAACGUCUAAUAUGUGAACUAAAACGUGUUAAAUGAAUACUAUUGAGUUUGGAAAAUAUAUCGGAAUAAAUUAAUAUUUUUGUUUAUUAAAAUAAAAUGGCAAAUAUUGGUAGGGACUAUUUUGUCUUCCCCAAAUGUUGGUUGUGGCAUGUCCCCACCGUCCCUAUGCAAACCUACACCCUUGGUUUAAUGUCAUACUGUGGAAUAUUCCAGGCAGAGUAAUGACAUAUCCAUAGAGACAAGCAGGUUAACAGAUGCUCCACAAGAAAAGUUACACAAUGCACUUUUUAAAAUGGGCGGUUGGGUCAUUCCUGGUUUUCUCGCAUCAUCUCUCGAGAGGCCAAAACUUGAAGCAUGCCAUCUCUCCUGUCAGUGAGUCCACCUUCACAUUUAGCAUCUCUCCUGCUAAAUCGAUAUUAAUGUCUUCUUGCAAUUGUAAUAGAUCUAUAGCACACUGACUUUUGACCUGGUUAUUAUGGAGUAUCUAUUUUCACAUAUUAGAAAAAAGCUGCCCGACGUUUGUUCACACACUUUUUAUUUUACGCCAUUGUAGAUCAGUGUUAGACAAUCAAGGAAUAGACAAAGCACAUUUUAAUGCUCUAUCUGCCAGCGAGGACCAAGCACGUGUCAUGGGUGGGCACUCGAUAAACAGGGAAUGGUUAAAGAUAAUUAUGAUAUUAAAGGGGCUAUAUGUAAAAAAAUAAAAUUAAAUAAAAAAGUUUAAAAAAAAAAAGAUAAUAGCAAAAUUAGGAAUGCGAUAUAUUGAUUCUGAAAAUAUCACGAUAAACCAUAAUAUUGAAAUUAUUUUAUAUCACUUUUAGCUCAGUUGGUAAAGUCCUUGUCCUCUUAUCCAAAGGUUGGUGAUUCGAAUCCUGCUCCCAUAUAUGAAUACUGCUACUGUGUCCUUGAGACAUUUAAUUGUACUGUAAAUUAACGAUUUAUUGGACCAUCUACAACUCAAAUGUUAUCAUACAGGCCCAAUUCUACAUAAAAUGAAGAAAAAAAUUACCCACAAGUGUGAAGAGAGGGGACACGCAAUAAAUGCUAAGCCUGAAAAAAUAUUGUUCAUUCACCGUAUAUUGAGCGAUAAGUCGCAAACCCACUACCCGCCUUGGUCCAAAUAGGAAGUAAGCAUAGGAUUCUUCCAGCUCUAUUGAUUUUUGCAGCCCCAAUUGAGUUUACGUUGAAAAACUGUCACUUUGUGGGGUCGGCCCUAUGUUCCCACAGCUCUAUGUUCCCUCAAUUUUAAGAUGUUGUUUUUAUUCCUAUAACUUUUCUCGAAAUAAAACUCUAUGUCAAGUCA